AUGAAGUUAGAGAAAAAGAGAAAAUUUUUCAAGAACACUCUGUAUUCAAAGACAGAUAUUUAUUAUAGAAAAGCUAAGGAAGAAGGCUACAGAGCCCGUUCUGCUUACAAACUUCUCUAGAUUGAUGAUGAAUUCAAAAUAUUCUAAAAUGUAACAAGAGCAGUUGACUUGUGUUCAGCACCUGGUAGUUGGUCCUAGGUUUUAUCGAAUAAGCUCUACAAGUCAGAUGAGGAACGUAAAAGCACUGAUUAGUUGAGAGUGGUCUCAGUCGAUUUAUAGGAAAUGGCACCUAUCGAUGGAGUAGCUAUUAUUCAAGGAGAUAUUACGACUCAAUAGACUUUAGAUAAAAUCUUAGGAGUAUUUAAAGGAGAGAAAGCUGAAUUAGUAGUGAGUGAUGGAGCUCCAGAUGUCACUGGAUUUCAUGAAAUAGAUUAGUAUUUGCAAGCCUAAUUACUGCAAGCAGCCCUUACAAUCACAUAAAAUAUGCUUAGAGAGGGCGGAAUCUUUGUUGCAAAGUUCUUUAAGAGCAGUGACUUAUCUUAUUUGUAUGUAAUGAUGAAAUAGAUAUUCAGGAAUGUAUAUGUAGUCAAGCCAUAGAGUUCAAGAGCAUCAAGUGCUGAGGCAUUCGUGAUUGGAUUGAGUUUUAUAGAAAAUAGCAGUCUUGUGCUCUCAGACUCAAUGAAGACACUCAGCAGCUAUGCUCAUAAUCCUUAAACAGUCAGCAUAAAAGAAGAAAAUAAAGAAGAAGAAGAUGAAGACGAUGAUGAUGUGCUAACAUUUUGA